AUUGUCAGGGAAGACACGUGAAGGCAUCACCAGUGCAGCUCAGUGCUGUGUGCGCACCGCUCGUUGUGUUUGCUUCCGUCUGGCUCCCUCCGUCCUCCAUUAGAGCUCGGCUCCGUCCCCUCUGUACGGCGCAGGCCCGAAGUAGCGCAGCCGCUCUGAGUCUGUAUAUCACCAGUAGCUGUGUAAACCAGGUGGCUGAUAAUGGAGGAUCACACAGUUCACCAGACAGAACACAUGACCACCAUUGAGGCCAGCGCUGUCAGCCAGCAGGUCCAGCAGGUACACGUGGCUACCUACACUGAGGCUUCUAUGAUGAGUGCAGAGGAGGACUCGACGUCCUCCCCAGAUGACGACCCUUACGAUGACACAGAUAUCCUCAACUCGGCUGGUACAGAUGAAGUCACUGCCCACCUAGCUGCUGCAGGGCCAGUAGGCAUGGCAGCAGCUGCUGCCGUGGCAACUGGUAAGAAAAGAAAGAGGCCCCACAUCUUUGAAUCGAACCCCUCCAUUCGCAAGAGGCAGCAGACCCGUCUUCUCAGGAAACUACGAGCUACACUGGAUGAGUACACUACCAGAGUGGGUCAACAGGCUAUAGUGUUGUGUAUCUCUCCCUCCAAACCCAACCCAGUAUUCAAAGUGUUUGGUGCUGCUCCUUUGGAGAAUGUGGUGAGAAAGUAUAAGAGCAUGAUGUUAGAGGACCUUGAGAACGCGCUGGCUGAACACGCCCCUGCCGGUGGAGAGCUGGCAUCGGAGCUGCCCCCUCUCACUAUUGAUGGCAUCCCCGUUUCUGUGGACAAGAUGACUCAGGCCCAGCUGCGAGCGUUCAUUCCAGAGAUGCUGAAGUACUCGACAGGGCGAGGGAAGCCUGGCUGGGGUAAGGAGAGCUGCAAGCCAGUGUGGUGGCCUGAAGACAUCCCUUGGGCCAAUGUUCGUAGUGACGUUCGCACAGAGGAGCAAAAACAGAGGGUGUCCUGGACGCAGGCGCUACGGACCAUUGUAAAGAACUGCUACAAGCAGCAUGGCCGUGAGGAUCUGUUGUAUGCCUUUGAGGACCAGCAGGUAACCACCACACAGAGCAUCGCUCACCUUGUGCCCUCACAGACUGUGGUCCAGACCAUUAAUAACCCCGAUGGAACAGUUUCGCUCAUCCAGGUUGGCACAGGACACACAGUUGCCACUCUGGCAGACGCAUCAGAGCUGCCGGGUGUGACACUGGCACAGGUUAACUACUCCACUGUCACUGAUGGAGAGGUGGAGCAGAACUGGGCGACACUCCAGGGCAGAGAAAUGACAAUCCAAACCACUCAAGCCUCUGAGGCCACACAGGCAGUAGCAUCCCUAGCUGAGGCAGCUGUUGCUGCCAGUCAGGAGAUUCAGCCUGGAGCAACAGUCACAAUGGCUCUCAACAGCGAGGCAGCAGCUCAUGCUGUGGCGACACUGGCAGAGGCCACGCUACAAGGCGGAGGGCAGAUUGUCCUGGCAGAAGCAGCAGCUGCUGUUGGGGCACUAGCUGGAGUUCAGGAUGCCACAGGUUUGGUCCAGAUCCCAGUCAGCAUGUACCAGACAGUAGUGACCAGCCUCGCUCAGGGCAAUCGGCCCGUUCAGGUUGCCAUGGCACCUGUCGCCACUCGCAUAGAUAACACUGUCACACUGGAUGGCCAAGCAGUAGAAGUUGUGACCCUAGAGCAGUGACAAUUAAAACCCUGGAAUGAGUGAAAGGCACUGAAUGGCCACUUUGGAGAUUUGUUUAUCCUACUGUUUUCCAAGACACCACGCUGUGUACAAUGUCAAAUAUAUUUUUUAAUCUACAUCUGCAGAAAAAAAGUGAGUGAGAAUGCAUUGUGUUUACUAUGUAAAGAUUUUGCUUUUGUUGGUGUAUUAUUUUUUUCCCCAAGUAGCUUCAUGUUUUUGUAGCUCUGUGAUGUUAAGUAUGUAGUAUUUAUUUCCUGAAAAUAUUUUUUACUUAAAAUAAAUAUGAACCAAAAAGCCUGGAAGAAAAGCUACAGCUGAUUCACGCAGAGUGUUAACUAACAUGCUCCUGGAUUUUUCACAUUAUCCGAGUUCUGUAUUUUUAGGACUUUUGAAAUUCAGUGCCAUGGUCAGAAAUCAGUUCUGUGUUUUCCAUAUGUUGUGAUCAUUAUUUUAAACUUAUCUCCUUUUCACCUCAGUUUAGCUACAGUAAAAAUUUAAUAGUAAAAUAUUAUUUACAAUACACUCAUGUCAUGUGCUUUUCUCUGUGCUGUCUUAAAGUCAUCCAUGCCAAGAUGUGUCAAGACUCAGGAUAUUCACCAAGUUUUUUUUACUGCUGGAUUUGCUGAGCGGAGUUUUUUUGCAAAGUAUAAAUUUACACAACAUGUUAUUUUUGUAACAUGAACUCCUUUGUAUGUCAUUUAGAACUGUGGUUUGUGUCACUUUGUAAAUCACAGGGAGGUCUUACAGGACAGAAGCUGCAUUAUUUGUGAUACAAAUUUCAUCAAAAGCAUUUCUGUAAAUAUUGCUUGCAAAGAAUCAACUGGAUUCAGUGCAGCGGUAACAGUUGAUGCAGCGCUCACCAAUGUAAAUGUAUUUAAGAAGUCCAAUAAACUACCUGCUGUUUA